GCACCCACAAAUCGCUGUCUCUUCCUAUGUAUACAUCCCCUUUUACACCCCUAGCUACCUACUCAAUAGAGAGACAGGUACAUCGUUACAGAUCCUACACGGAUUCCGAUUGAUAAGAUUAGAUGUAGUCACACUGUUCCGAGAGGGAGAACGCUGCGUUGCGUGGCGCCCGACGUCUCCGAGGUCUCCGAGCCGAGAUCUAAGACAAACCUAUAAGCAAGACUCCUUUCUCCUUUGAUCCUUGAUAUUGCGUGUGAUCCCUACAACAUAAGUAGACUGAGUGAAUCAUUUGCAUAUGACGUUUCCUUAAACCGAUAACCUUGACUGCCAGUCGUUUGUCGCACUUACGCGUGUCUAAGGCGGCUGAUCCAGAUCCAUGGUCUAGGACGACGUAUAACUGCCUAGCUAUCCGCAGCAUCAUCGAAACCAAAAAACAAUGGACCUCACCACCCUCCCCUCCAAAGCCCUCGCCCCCAUCCUCUCCCUCUUCCGGAACCACCGGACCCUCGUAACCGGCACCGCGAUCUGCGUCGCGGCCGGCGUCAGCCUCUCCGUGCUCGCGGACCUGAUCGAGGACUACAACGAGUGGUACGAGCUGGGCCCGAACGGGAUCCCGCUCAACUUCUUCGGGUACCUGGCGCAGCGGAUGGCCACGCCGUUCGCGCGCAGCGACGUCCGCGGCGGCACCCCCUACGACAUGGAGAAGCUGUCGAGGCUGUACGGGCCCAUCGUCCUGACCUCCUUCCUGGACGUGGGCGAGGAUGAGGACGGCGACGGGGAGCUGCCGCUGCGCAAGGGCGAGAGGCCCGUCGUCCCGAGCUACGUGGGCCCGCACCGGCAGACGACGCAGAAGGCCUCGGACGCCAUGCGCGCGAAGCAAGAAGCGUUCCUGCGCGAUCUGACGGCCGCCAACCCCGCACUCUUCCAAGUCAAGCCGUCCUCGCUAGAAGGUCCUUAUUACAACGCUAUAUGGCUAGCCGGCAACAUACCCCAGCGCGACGAGAUCAAGAACCUACGGGGAGAAUUCGCGCACCCGCACGGUGAGGGAAGCACGCACUUGGUGCUAAGUUUGGUUGACGCGGCGGCGGCUAUCGACAGUGGCUGGGCUGAGCGCCAUCGCAUGAGCGGGGUCGGGAAUCUGAUACCCUGGGGUUUCGUAAUGAUAUAUGCGCCGCGGGAUGACUAUGAGCUGGAAAUAUGGAAGGAGUUUAUCGUGGCAAGUGCUCGGUACGCACUCGGUGGCGAGACGGUGGUUGAGAUGCCAUCGCCAGCCGAGCCAGAGUCCUCCAAGAAGGGCAAGUCCUGAGGAGCUUGGUUAGGUAGGCAGGACUGAAGAUGGGAAAUCUGUAGGAAACGCCCGCUGAGUUGAAAGGGGACACCGAAGCUCGGAACUGCACAGGAAUCUCACCUCAAAAGUAAAGGUCCGUAUGGACUCAAGGGUACAUACCUAAGUACCUACCCCCUAGAUAUUCUUAUGUAUUAAUAAGAUAUGAUGUACUAAU